AUGGCCCCUAAGAAAUCUGCAAUACCAAAAGGAAGAAAGAAACAGAAUGGAAAGUCUAGAAAAGUUGAAGAAGCAGAGCCUGAGGAAUUUGAAGUGGAGAAGGUAGUGGGCCGACGUGUGCGCUAUCACCAGGUAGAAUAUCUCCUGAAAUGGAAGGGGUUUUCAGAUGCUGAGAAUACCUGGGAGCCGGAAGCAAAUUUACAUUGUGCUGACUUAAUCACGGCCUUCAUAAAUUCUGAAGAAACGGGUUUAUCUGCCAGUGAAUGUGAUGAUAAAAAUGGCUUUGCUAGGGGUCUUGAGCCUGAGCAAAUAAUCGGUGUCACAGAUAUUGGUGGAGAAUUGAUGUUCCUCAUGAAGUGGAAAAAUUUAGAUGGAGCUGAGUUGGUGCUGGCAAAAGAGGCUAAUGUUAAAUGCCCUCAAAUUGUAAUUGCUUUUUAUCAACAGAGACUAAAUUGGAAUGGAAGAUGA